AUGGAAGAAAGCUUUGAAAAAAUAUAGGAAGCAAAAUUAAUUGUCAAUGAAUAAUAAUAUUUUGGAGAAGAGACAAUCUUUAAUUUAUAGAAAUAGCAUACUGCUACAUGCAUUUCUUAGAAAGCCUUAGUAAUUAAAAUAGAAAAAACAAAACUCUAAGAUCUAAUCACAGAAAAUGUUCUUAUAUUUCAUUAGAGGAUGAAAUACUUUUCAGCAAUUAAUAGAAGCUUCGCUCCAUAAAUUAAUGAAGAAAUAGAUUAACAUAUAGAUUUAAAUGAGCCUAAGGAAUAUAACUCAAAUUUUAAUACAAUUGAUUUAGAUUAAAUGAAAAGACCUUCUUCAUCUAUAGACUAAAAUAUAUUAUCAUCUGCUAGAAGUAAUUAUUCAAAUAAUAGAUUUAUGAGAAACCUAAGAAGUGUAAGUCAGUGCUAAGAUAGAGAUUAGCUAAACACUUGCAGAGGUGUUUAAUUUGAGAAUAAUAGUAAAAACUCAUAAAAUAGUGUCUUUGAAUAUUCGUGGAUGAAAGCAAAGCUAUCUAUGGAGUCUUUAAAUACUAAAAAGAUUAAUGAUGAAUUAAAGCUGUCUAAAACAAAAAACCAACUUUCAUAGAUAUCAUAAAAUAAUUAAAAAUUUGAAGGAAACAACAACUCAAGGAGAUUCAGCUAUUAACUUGAAGAUCUGAAUUAAUUUGACGAUAAAGAAAUUAAAGAAAAUUUUGAGCAUUCUAGUUUAUACAAAAUGUAUUAGAUGAAAAAGAAGGAGCUGUUUUAGAGAGCAAAUAACUUUACUAUAUAAGACAAUUUAAAUAAUUUCCAAAAUAAAUUUGAUUUUCAACAAAAUAACUCUAUUGAGAUUUCUCUUAAACAUAAAAUCUAACAAUUUUAAAGUUUGUUUGGUCAUUCUCCUCAAAAAAAUUAAAUUCUGCUAAAAUAAAAAAAUAGCUACAAAUAAAAUUUUGAACAAAAUCAUAAAAAAAAAUUUCUUUCUCUUUCUGUUGAUGACACUCAAAACAAUGAUUGCAAUUUAUCUCUUUAGCCAUUAAAAUAAAUCUAGCCUACUGAAGCUAAUUAAUUUAUUCUAAAUGCAAACACAAUAAAUUCGAAUUCAAACUUUUAAAGUAAUAAUAAUAAUAAUUAUAAUAAUAAUAAUAAUCUUUUGAGUAACAAAAGUAGAUAUAUUUAUUCAAAAAAUCCAAUUUAUUGCACAAUUUAUAAAGAAAAAUUGCUAAAUACGAAUAAAAUUAGAUACUUUAGAAAUGUAAAACUUGAUUUAAAAAAUCAGCCAUAAUUAUCAUACUAAAUAUUAAAUAAAAUUUGCAAAUGA